UUUUAUUUAAGUAUUAUUUACACUCAAUAUAUGUGUCGUAUGAUGAAAAAAACACACUUUGGAACAUUAUUCCGUACAUUUGUAAAACAGAUUUCAAGGUAUUAUAAUCGUAAAGUUAAUAGUUGGUUUUAAUAAUAGCAAUUUAACUAUACAUGACCUACUGUCGCAUAAAAGAAAAAAACAUUAACUCAUUAUAAAUCCAGGUAAACAGAACAAGAAGGUAACCAGAACUGUUAAUACUUGACCCGACCAAGACUAAUUUUGUACAAUUUUCUUUUCAGAUAAAGCUGCUUUUGUUCACGAUGCCAUGUGACGGAUAGCGAGAAACUUGAUGGCGCGGUGACACAGCAUGUGCCGUGCGCACCUCGCCGCUCUCUUGCGGCUGCUCAUAUUGGCUGGUGGUGCCUUCUACGUGAAUCCAUAUACUAGCGAAGAUCGGGUCGACCUUAACCAAGUAUGGGUGGAGAUCCCCAAGAGCCUAGUCGCUUUGGGUGGCGAUGUCCACAUCCUCGUCCAAGGAGCAACCGGCGCUGGCAACUUAAGAGUUCGCCUCGCGCGAGAAGACGACGACGGCCGCACUCUUCUAGCCACCAUGCCUCUCGCUUUAGACGCCGAGAGCCGAAUGACUCUGCCGUGCGGAUAUUUCUCCCGAGGGGGAAUUUACUAUUUAGAAAUUGUUGCUGAUAAAGAGAGUUUCUUAGACUACGGCAACGCUACAAUUAACACAAUCAAAGUUAAAAGAGAUGUAUCAGAAGGGGGUCUGAUGGAGACAGGAGAUAGUGUGGUUAAAUCUUGGAAAUUUGACGUUCUGUGGCCAAGUGCUACUUUGGACGUGACUCCAGAGCAAAUCCAGACGUAUCCUGAAAGACAAGUGACGGCGAUACUGGAGUUCCCGAAGGUUGUAUGUACUCCAGUACAGACAAGUGCUGAUUUUUGGUUGGAACUUUUGUAUUGUGGACAUUCGAGUGGCGGGGCCGUGUUGUGUGACGGAAAAAAUACGAGUUCACAUGCUCAUGUCCUAUAUUCAGAGCAGAUGUAUGGGUUCCCUGGUCGACGCACCAUGACGCUUCGCUGUGAACUGUUCGGCCAGGCUGGAGACUAUGCGCUCACUUUGCGACCUGCCGCUGCUGCUGGUCCCCAAGACUUAGCUCUAGCUUUUGUAAAGGCGGACUGGUCUGACCAAUUCGUACUUAACGUUCACGGCGGGUCCGUGUUCCCCUGCGGAGAUGGAGUGAGAGUCUUGUUCCAGUAUCCCGAGUGUGUGCUGGAUGGAUCUGAUAGGGUGCGAGUUUUCGGGAGAGACAGUUCGGACAGACUGCGAUAUGUUGCAGAACGGAGAGUUCGGAGGGGGCAGCACACAGCUUCAUUCGACUGUCGUCUGUUCAGUGAGAAAUACCCGGAAUAUUGCUUCGUGUAUGUGUCGCAAGCUGUUACCGGGGCCGUCGCCGAUGUGCGCAUGGACUGCUUACCAACUUUACCUCUAUCAGAGGGAGGAGCUGGUGGUUGGGGAGAAUGGUCUCCGUGGUCUGCGUGUCCUGCGCCUGAACAUUGCUCUACUCGAACGCGUAGCAGACACCGCUUCUGCGAUUCUCCCCCACCCGCCUAUGGGGCCAAGUAUUGUGAGGGCCAAGCAGUCGAACUAGCGGCUUGCGAAUGCUCUGCACGCCCAUGGGCAGGUGAUUCCUCAAUGGUGGUAGCUGAGAUCGGUGCACGGUGUCGGUGUGGCUGUGUACUCCACCUGGCACCAAUUGCCAGACUACUGGCGGGGUCUGCCAGGGCCUGCCCGGCGAGAUCUUUCUGGCUACUACAGGCGGAAGAAGGGUUAACAGUGCGGGUGCGAUUCGAGGCUGUCCGCUUACCUUGUGCGGGUCAGUCCCUCAGGGCUCGUGACGGGGACUCGUUGGGCUCACCCCUUUUAGCCUCAUGGGACGGUCCCGAUACUAGUGCUGUGUCCAGUGAAGUAGAAAUGACAACAGACAGCAGCGGCAUGGUGGAGAUCACAGGUGGGAGACACAUCCUCGUCGAACUACGGUCCAACGAUGUGAGCGAACGAUGCGCGGGCGGCUUUUUGGCGCAUGCUACACAGAGUGAGCCAAUCCGCAACGCGUCAGCAGCGUGGGCAUCAGUGGCUACGGUAGCGUGGUGGCGCGGAGGCGGCGGAGCGCGAGCGGCGGCUGCGGCGUUAGCGGCGCUCGCUGCCUUGGCCGCCAUUUUGUUAGCUUUGCAUUCCGCCCAUCGCACGAGAGCCUACCAACGCGCCGCUGAUAAGGAAUCGCUGACUGAUAGCGAUGCAUGUUCAGCAUCCCUGGAGAUGGGGGCCUCUGGGUCCCGAAGCACCCUGCUGAGUGAGGUGGUCGGUGGCGGAGUAUCUUUGCGACGGUUGCUGCCCCGGAGGGGGCACACAAGGCUUAGAGACUGCGAUAGGGGUUCGGGACACGCGGGAAACAGGGACGAAGACGACGCUACAUCUGACAUGGAGGCAGACGCGGUCAGCGUAACGAGCGCUUGCAGCGGGGCGAGCCAGGCUUCUCAAGCCACGGUAACACCGGAGAAGGUGUCUGCGAGCAGCGCCCCUGUCGCUGGAAGCGUUAGACAGUCGCCGCUACGACGCUCACACACCGUGUCGCAUGCUUCUGUACAAAUGACGUCACCCCCGCAAGCGUCAACGAGCGAAGCGAUUACAGCCGAAGUGAACACGAGCGUGACGAGCGUGAGUGAGCGAGAUAGCUACAGCGAGAAAGACCACGACAGUUUGUGGGACAAGGACGUACAGAGCGUUGCCUCUUCCACGUCAGCCGCUACGCUGACUAACGGCUGGUACUCCCCAGCACUGAGCGGAGUCUCGUCCGCCCGUAUCCGCGACAACCCUAAGCACACGAAAGAGAACUGCAACCGACGGCUCUUGAGAUCGGACUUGAGUCUGACCUCACAUCCCGAGAUGGAGAUUGACUAUUACGACUAUGAAGUCAAUAAUGCGGGUUCUGUUCCCGGUUCGUACUUAGGAAUGGAUCCGGCGUUUCUCGUCUGGAUUCCGCCACUGGACGAGGGAGACAUCAUCAGAGAGAUGGAUGAAAGCAAGGCUCCUAUUUACGAAGAAGUGAUCCCGAAAGAACUGAGACCGAAUCCGGGCAGCAACACCGAGUCACCCGAAGACCCGUCCACGCUGAAAAGAAUCCCAACGAAUCGCUCGAACGAGUCCAUCAAAAUCCACAAAGCGCUCGACAGGAGCGUCAUUCACCCUCUGAACUUCAGCAUCAGUGAUUUGCAGAACUCCCCCAAACUGCCCAAAAGGAAUAAGAGGAAAAAAUCCGAGAUUCCCGUCAACAUUCCGAUGAAGGAACUCACCUUGAUGUCCCCGGCCAAGGUUCACAGGAAGUCCGAUGACUCGACGCUAAAAAGGGUGACGGAGACCAGAGAAAAAGACAGCACACUGAAGAGGAGUGAUUUUAAUGACAUUAGAUUUGCGGAUGAUUCGUCCAACGAAAUCAAAUUCGCUGACGAUUCGCCUGACAGCAAUCGUUUAAUGGAUCAAUUUGACCUUGAAGUGUAAACUGGCUGGUUCUUAGCCAGUUUACACAGAUCUAGAAGAUCGAGUUCAAAGCGAGGCAUUUCACCUAUUGGAAUACGGACCCAAGUUCUCUGUUUUGAAAAAAGUAUCUCUUUAUUUGUUUUCUUAUGUUUUAAGCUUAGAUUGAUGCACUCAUGUUUCAAUUUAAUAAAAGUAAAUAAAUAGAUUUUAUUAAUUUUUUAUACUUAUAGAAAGACAAGUCGAGAUUAUUUCGUCAGAUAUGCCUGACAAACAUCACUUAAAUUAUUUAAUGUACAUGUCACUUUUGAUCGACGUGCAGUUAAAAUAGUUGCACUUUUCUUUAAUAAAUCUUACAACUUGGGGUACGAACUUGUAGAGAGCUAUUAGAUAAAAUAUUUAACUAAUGUUUAAACGUCACUAUAAUCCUGUUUGAUCGGAUGCAAUAUUUUGAAAUAGUGUUAGUAUUGUAUAUAGAAUGAGUUUGCGUACACAAAUAGAGUAAACCCGGCGAGCUCAAAGCUAAUCCAAUAAUAUUUAGAAUAGACCACAAUACAAAUAAGCUUUUGCAUUCCCAUAAUCACAUUCUGAUGGACAUAUUUUUCUUGUAGCUACCGAAUAUAGUUUAAUUUUAGUACUAUUUAAAGCAAUAGAAAACUCGUAAAUAGAACUUUCUGAUGUAAUUUCUCUUGCACACCCACAGUUCUUAAACGUGCAAUUUCUGCUUUACGCUCUUAAGACUUAUGCAAUAUAUUCGGUAACUGGUAAAGUAUUCUUUAGACCCAUUAGUUGUACUAAGGACCAACUUGUGAAUAGAACCUCUCAUAUCAUCACUCAUACAAAUCAUUAACAUAGCUAUCUGAUUAUACAUACGUAAAUAUGUGUCUAAUGUGUCUAAUACGGUUAAACAUAUUUUUUUCCGCUUAAUCAUAAACCUAUAUAAAAUAACCGUUCAACGAUAAAAUUAUUUUAUAUGAAAAUUUCUUUUGAAAGACUGACUUUUCGGGUAGUGCAAUACGUCUAAAUUAAUUUAUUCGGCUACUUAACAAAAAUUGGAUCACUUAAUAACGCAUGGAAUAUUUCCGAAAUCCGUGGGAAAAACAUUUUUUACCAUCUGUCAAAUGUUUCAAUUGUUAUAGGUUAAAUUCUAAAUAACGGCAUACACUAAACGGUAAAGCCGAUUUGUUUUCAUAAUUCCCUUACGCUCGAAUUGACAAUUCCGAUUGUCCGUUCUAUCAAAAUUUAAUGACUUUGCAAAUACAACAAAACGUCAUUGUUCGUAUUAAAUAGCUAAGUUAAUAUUGUUCAUUUAGAUAUAAUUAUUUUUGUUUAAAUACUUUUAAUGGGAAGUAGAGGCUUUUGUAUUAAAUAUUAAACUUCAGUUUCUGCAUCAUAUAUGAAAUCUAAUGAAGCAUUGUUAUAUGCUACCGGUAUGUACAAUAUUUUUUAUAAGAUUACCCAUAAAUGUAUGCAAUAAUUGUAUUUGUCGUUUAAGUAACGGACGUUGGUAGCAUAUCCGUAGAACCAUCGUAGGUACACGCGUUACGAAUUGGUAAAUAUAAUUAUCAAUAAUGUUGUUACUUUGAAUUUUUUUCAUCAUUAUAAAAUUAUGUUUCAUAAAUCUCGUAUAAUGGGAUUUUAUCUUUAAAUAUUGUUACAUAUUAUACUUAAGUUUCUUAAGAUUAUUCAAAUAUAGAAAGAUUUGUACAAUUAGCUGAUUUGAUCUCAGAAUGUCUAGUCAUUUAAUUUAAUUACAGCUUAAUAGCACACUAGUCGUAAGAUAUGUAAACAUUAAUAUUCUUUAUUUAAAUGUAAAAUGCACUAAAGCAAUAUCUCAAUGUCCGAAUGUAAGUUAUGUAUUGUUUCUUUUA